UUUUUCUUGUUUUUUUGUAGGGUGACACGUGAAACUUUGUGGAGGAGCUGGUUGGUAUGUUUGCUGUGUGCUGCUGGACGACGCUCCGUUAACUCUGUGGACAACCUAUAACUGGUGGACGGACCAGUGCUGCUGCUGCUGCCUAUUUUUAGAAGAGUGUGUCUGUAAUGUAAUGGGGGAAAACGAAGAGGCUUGAAGAAGAAAACGUGCAGAGGAAAAGCUCUCAAACUGCGCCGCAAUGAAUUGGAAUUAAAAAAAAAAAAAAAAAAAAAAGUUAAAAGUUCAACUUUGCUUUUGCUUCCAGCUCGACUUCUUAACUUUUUGAUUUAAAAACGCAGUGGGCCACUGCGAGAGAAGUAGCUGCGCAGCGCCAUGGCUGCCCAGUGCGACACUUUGAGCGGAUACUUGCAGCAGCAGCAGUCGGACCAGGGCUCCAACAGCGAGCGGAGCGCCGACUCUCCUCUACCCGGAUCAGAGGACGACCUGAGCGGACUCCAUCCGCUGCCAGACCCGGAGUGGACGGAGGAGAGGUUUCGGGUGGACCGUAAGAAGUUGGAAAUCAUGUUAUUAGCUGCCUCUGAGGGGAGAGUCAACGGUGGGGAGGAUUUCUUUCAGAAGAUCAUGGAUGAGACCCAAACGCAGAUCGCCUGGCCGUCCAAACUCAAAAUCGGAGCCAAGUCCAAAAAAGAUCCACACAUCAAGGUGUGCGGGAAGAGGGAGAACGUGAGGGAAGCCAAAGACAGAAUAAUGUCCGUGCUUGACACAAAGAGUAACAGGGUAACUCUGAAGAUGGACGUCUCCCACACAGAGCACUCCCACGUUAUUGGCAAAGGCGGCAACAACAUCAAGAGGGUGAUGGAGGAGACGGGUUGCCACAUCCAUUUCCCGGACUCUAACAGGAACAACCAGGCGGAGAAAAGCAACCAGGUGUCCAUCGCAGGGCAGCCAGGAGGGGUGGAGGCAGCUCGAGUAAAAAUAAGGGAGCUGCUCCCUCUCGUGCUGUCGUUCGAGCUUCCCGCCAUCAUGCAGUCGGACCCCAGCUCCCCCACCGUGCAGCACAUCUCGCAAACCUACAGCCUCACAGUCUCCUUCAAGCCCCCGACUCGCCUCUACAGGGCCACCGGCGUGGUUCGCGGCUCACAGAACAACGCCAAUGCCGUCAAGAGGGGUACAGCUCUGCUAUUGGAGCACCUGGCUGGUAGCCUGGCGAGCACCAUCUCCGUCACCACCCACCUGGACAUCGCACCCCAGCACCACCUCUUCAUGAAGGGCCGCAACGGCAGCAACAUCAAGCACAUCACCCAGAGAACGGGAGCCCAGAUCCACUUCCCUGACCCCAACAGCCCCCAAAAGAAAUCCACAGUCUACAUUCAGGGCACCAUUGAAUCGGUCUGCCUUGCACGGCAGUAUCUCAUGGGCUGCUUGCCUCUGGUAUUAAUGUUUGACAUUAAAGAGGACAUUGAGGUGGAGCCCCAGUGUAUCACAGCGCUAAUGGAGCAGCUGGACGUCUUCAUCAGCAUCAAACCAAAGCCAAAACAGCCCAGCAAGUCUGUGAUAGUCAAAAGCGUGGAGAGGAACGCAGUCAACAUGUACGAAGCCCGAAAAUUCCUCCUGGGUCUGGAGAGCAACGGGGUGUCGUCUUCCUCGCCCUCCGUGGCGUUGAAUCCCGCUACCAACAUCCCGUCCCCGUCCCUCAUCUGUCCCGUUGGCCUGGACAUCCUGGCCUCAGCUGGCCUGGGGCUGAGCAAUCUGGGUUUCCUGGGUGCGGCGGCAGCUCACUCCCUCGCCAACUCUGCCGCACCAAACGCCAUCCUCAAUAGCUUAAACUCCUCCAUGAGCCCUCUGCAGACCCCGAGCCCCAGCACCCCCUCACCCUCUCCGUCCCUCUGGUCCAGCGCACUCACUAGCACCCAAGCCUUCUCAUCUCAGCUGAUGCUGCACCCCGCCGCCCAGGCCACAUUGAGUAGUAUCCUGCUGUCAGGUGUCCAAGGUUACACACAGAAUACACCGUCCCCUCCGCCUGGUCUCGCCCCGAUAGACAAGCAGCCCAACGGGGUCCCUGACUGCACUAAGGGCUCCUGCACUCUUAAUGGACAUGUCAAGCAUCCUGGUUCAGUCUAUGGGAGGAUGGCAACUGCGUCACUUGCAGAAACCGUUUUGAGUCCAGCCCCAUGUGACUCGGUCCAGGAGGCCGGCGGACACAAUCCAUCAGAACCGCUGUCCAGCAAGUCCAGCCCAGAUGAAGGCUCUGACACAUUUGUGGAAGUGGGCAUGCCCAGAAGCCCCUCUCACUCAGCCAAUGGGAGUGAGCUGAAACAGAUGCUGGCUUCGUGUAAGACGUCAUCAGGGAAGCGACAGGCCGUGGAGCUACUGCAGGGCACCAAGAACUCCCAUCUACACUCCGACUGUCUUCUCUCGGACGCCGAGUCCAGCUCGUCAGACAGCCCCGUGGCCGAUAAGAGGGCACCAGGCAGCGAGCGGGCGGCUGAGAGGGCGGCACAGCAGAACGAGAGGGAGAGAAUCCGACUGGUACCUGGGUCCACCUUCGCAAACAUCCAGGCAUUUGACUAUGAACAGAAAAAGCUGUUGGCAACCAAAGCUAUGUUAAAGAAACCAGUGGUGACUGAGGUGCGGACACCUACCAACACAUGGAGUGGUCUGGGCUUCUCAAAGUCCAUGCCAGCUGAAACCAUCAAGGAGCUGCGGAGAGCCAAUCAUGUUUCAUACAAGCCCAGCAUGAGCACCACCUACGAGGAUUCCCCGUUGUCUUUGUCUCGAUCCGGCAGCCGGGAAGGCCUCGGGAACGGCAGCGACUCUGAGAACUGGAGAGACAGGAACGGCAACGGCCUGCCGAUUCAUGCCGAGUUCCCCUCCGCUGUCGGCAGCCCAAAGAGGAAGCAGAACAAAUCUGCCGCAGAGCAUUACCUCAGCAGCAGCAACUACAUGGACUGCAUCUCCUCGGUGACCGGCAGCAACGGCUGCAGUCUGAACUCGUCUGUGAAAGGCUCAGACCUGCCAGAGCUGUUCAGCAAGCUGGGUUUGGGGAAGUACACAGACGUCUUCCAGCAACAAGAGAUUGACCUCCAGACAUUCCUGACUCUAACAGACCAGGACCUGAAGGAACUGGGCAUCACCACCUUUGGAGCCCGCAGGAAAAUGCUGCUCGCCAUCUCAGAACUAAACAAGAACCGGAGGAAGCUAUUCGAGCCGCCCAUCAGGUCCUCCUUCCUGGAGGGGGGAGCGAGUGGCCGCCUCUCCCGUCAGUUUCAUGCAGACAUGGCCAGCGUCAGCGGGCGAUGGUAGGCGCCUCCAGACCUCCCAGGCCAUCCCACAACCGUCCAUGAUGGAGACCAGCCUCCAGUGUCACUCUGUGCCUCAGCAGCCCAGGUUUCAGAGGUUGUUUACCCUUGUUCAGCUUCAGCUGAAUUAAGACUGUUCAAAAUGUCGUCGUUGCCAUAUAGUAUAAAUAUAUAUAUUAAAAAAAGCCAUAGUUUUACCUGAAGUGCCAACUAGAAAAAAAGGGAUUUUCUCAGAUACAUGAGGUUCAAGUGUUCACUCCUUAUAUGGCCAUUGAGUCUGUCUGGAGCAUUUAUAUAUGAAGGUUUGUUGUUCUGGUUCUGAUGAAGGGUACUGUCCAGUAUUUCUGUCCACUUUUCGUUCAAGGGAACAGGCAGAAUGAUUAGUACAAUCAUUUUACACAUUGAUACUACCUGCAUUCAUAUAAUGCCGUAGUGUCAGUGACAUGCACUUUAAUAAUACUAGACUUUUGCCUGUGAGAGCCUAAUUCCUUAGAUUGAAAUAAUAACUAUGCAUUUAUUUUUUAUUGACUAAAAGCACAGAUGCAUUUUGUACCAAACCAAAUGGAAGCACUUACCAGUGAGUUUAGGGCGCCGCCAAAUGAAGUGCAAAAUAUGUCAGCAUACCAAAGUGGUGACUCAAUAAUCAACUUUAACACGUGUAUAUAUACCAAAGGAAAGUAUCAUUGUGGCCUUUGACCUUUGGCUGCCUUAAGUGUUUUGAUUGGUGGACAUUCCUCCGAGGUCAGUGUUUGUGUCCAACCGCAGUCUGUUUGUAUUUUCUAGACAAAAAAAAAAAAUCAAAUAUUUUGUACUCAUUAUGCAUUAUGAUUUUAUUUUUAGUUUUUAUUACCAUUUUAGGGGAAUGGGUGGGAUGUUUAACGGUAAUCAGUUUACAUUUGUAUUUUUUAUACAUUCAUGAAUGAGUUUCUAUGAUGUUGUUAUUAGUAUCUUUUACCUUUUAUUUCCUGCCUUUUUAAUCUGUGGAGCCGUAAUAUGGCUGUGCCAUAAGACAGCAGCAGAGACAUGAGGCAGUACGGCUCAGCUUUAAAGGCCUCUCUCUGAUUGUGUCAACAGGCAUCUUUCUGUGGUUCUCCUUCUCUGUUUGUUUAUUGUACGUGGUCUUUUGUCUCAUCUGUUAUUUGUCAGUGUUGGCCUCCCCGCGGCCCCGUCUGUGUGCCGAAUAUCUCACAAAGCACUCCUCCAUGUAUCCGGACCACGAGUUGCUAUGCUAUGUGCCCUUCUUUGUCCUCCCAUUCACUGGCUGUUCCGUUCAGAGCAAGGAAGCACCUAACAGAGCAAGGCCAUGCCUUUUUUUUGUAGCGAAAAGUGCCAAUGUACAUAACUAGUUUUUCAGCAGGGAGAUAUUUCGUUAAGAACACUAAUAUUUUGGUCUCCAGAAAGGAGGCGCAUCACACAAAGAAGCAGUAUAUU